CGGUGCCACCCGCGGGGUGUGGCCAGGAUGCAGGUGCCCUCCCUGUGGUCACCUCACCUGCCCUGCCCGGUGACGGCAGCUGGCACAGCUGGACUUUGAGCCGCUUAUCAGGUGGUGGAGGCGCCGGGAGGGGAGCGGAGGUGCCGGAAGGGAGCAGAGGUGUCGUCCACAAGGGUGUGAAGGGGCUACACCCAACUGUGACACCCCCCUGUCAGGGGCACCCAGCACCGGCUGCAGUCCCUAAACGCCUCAGGGGGUCCCAGUGGGUGCUGCCCCGCUGGCCCUGGCACCGUGUGGGGACGAGGCUUCAGGGCGGCACCCCCCGGUCCUCCAGGGGUGCAUGAAAGGCCUCUUUGUGCCUCCUGCCGUGGGCAGGGCUGGGGCUCAGCGCCAGGACGGUGGCACAGGAGCUUUCCUGCCCGCCCCGGCCCCACCGCGGCGCUCGGCGUCACCGCCCUUUGCCCAGCCCCGCGUUAAUCAUCCACCCGCCCCCUGCACACCGGCGUGGUGGCAGCGGCAGCCGAGCCGGGGGUCCUCGGCACGGGCGGCUCGGGGGUGCUGGCGGCUCCCUGCCCUGCGCCCCACCCCUCUUCCCCAGCGCCCAGAUAAGAGCGGCUGCGGGCGGCACCCACUGCCCGGCGCGGCGUGGGCACAGAGCGGCCGGACCAUGGCCGUGGCCACAGUCAACCUCCGUGCCCUGACCUCUUGGGUGGGCAUCGCCCGGCUCUUUGCCGUCGUGCUGUCYUGCCUCGCCUUCAGCCUGGUGGCCUCCACAGGGCACUUCGAGGGUCCCUUCGGGACGUGGUGCAUGUUCACCUGGUGCUUCUGCUUCGCCGUGACACUGCUGGUGCUGCUGCUGGAGCUGCUGGAGCUGCAGUCGCUGCUGCCGCUCUCCUGGGACGACUUCACCUCGGCUUUCUCCAUGCUGGCGGCGCUGAUGGUGUUCACCUCCUCGGUGCUGUUCCCCGCCACGUUCAUCAGCAGCCCCUGCAGCAGCAACCUGUGCGCCCGGCAGGCCGUGGCCACCACCGCCUCCUGCCUCUGCUUCCUCGCCUACGCCCUCGAGGUGGGGCUCACCCGUGCCAAGCCKGGGGACAUCAGCAGCUUCCUCUCCACCGUGCCCGGCCUCCUCAAGGUCUUUGAAGCCUACGUGGCUUGCCUCAUCUUCUCCUUGCUGGAUGAGUACAACGGGGUGCCCGGCCUGAUGUGGUGCGUGGCCGUCUACGCCAUCUGCUUCAUCUUCACCCUCCUCAUCAUCAUCUUCACCAUCGGCCGCUGUCUCACCUACAUCCCCUGUCCGCUGGAGAAGAUGCUGGUGGGGUACAACUUCCUGGCGCUGCUGAUGUACCUGACCGCCACCGUCCUCUGGCCUCUCUACAGCUUCAGGGGACGCAGCCGCCCUGACCCCUGCGGCAGGAACUGCUGGUGGAACAAGCACCUGGGGGUCACCUUCCUCACCAUCUUCAACCUCAUCGCCUACUUGGUGGACCUGGUCUACUCCACCAGGAUGGUUUUUGUCAGGGCACCUCCCUAAGGGCUCGGGGCGGGGCUCGGGGCGGUGGGACACGGCUGGGUGUCGGUGUCGGUGUUGGUGCCGGUGUCGGUGCGGGGCUGCCGGCGGAGCUGAGGAAGAGGCUGGAUGCCUCGGAACGCUCCCUGUCCCCGCACCGGAGCAGAGAGCCAGGGGGUGCUCCCAGGGGUGCGCUCAGCCUGGGGUCUCAUGGGCUGCACAGACAGGGGGGCCGGAGGGGCCACCAGGGGCUCCCCAAACCCUGGAGCUUGAGGGGGCUUUGGGAUUAAAUUGGGUCAUUUUUCA